CCCACCACCCCCUCCCCCGGGUCUAAAAAAAUCCAGAGCCUUCCCCCAUCCCACCCACCAUCCCAAUCCGACCAAACCCUAGGAAAUCUGCCGGCCAUGGCGAUGUCGGAUCUCGCGGCCGCGGUGAUCUCCAAGGCCAACGGCGGCGUGGACGGCGAGGAGCCGGUGGAGAUCCGGGAGGUGUGGGCGGACAACCUGGAGGCGGAGUUCGCGCUGAUCCGCGACGUCGUCGACGAGUUCCCCUUCGUCGCCAUGGACACCGAGUUCCCGGGCAUCGUCUGCCGCCCCGUCGGCGCCUUCCGCUCCCCGGCCGACUACAACUACGCCACCCUCAAGGCCAACGUCGACAUGCUGCACCUCAUCCAGCUGGGCCUCACCUUCUCGGGCCCCACGGGCGAGCUCCCUGCCCUCGGCGCCGGACGCCGCCGCUGCGUCUGGCAGUUCAACUUCCGGGAGUUCGACGACGAGCGCGACAUCUUCGCCACCGACUCCAUCGAGCUGCUCCGCCACAGCGGCAUCGACUUCCGCCGCAACGCCGAGCGCGGCGUCGACGCCCGCCGAUUCGCCGAGCUGCUCAUGUCCUCAGGUGUUGUGCUCAACGAUGCCGUCUACUGGGUGACCUUCCACGCGGGAUAUGACUUCGGCUACCUGCUCAAAAUCCUCACCUGUAACAGCCUCCCAGAUACACAGGCUGGGUUCUUCAAGCUGAUGAAGAUAUAUUUCCCCACCGUCUAUGACAUCAAGCAUCUCAUGAAGUUCUGCAACAGCCUGCACGGCGGGCUGAACAAGCUUGCCGAGUUGCUCGAUGUGGAGCGUGUUGGAGAGUCGCAUCAGGCCGGGUCCGAUAGCCUGGUCACGUCUUGUGCGUUCUGGAAACUCAAGGAUUCCUUCUUUGCUGGAUCAACCGAGAAAUAUGCAGGCGUGCUGUAUGGGCUCAAUGCAGAGAAUGGUGUCAGUGCACAUUGAUGGAUUAUGCUCCCUUUGAAUAGCUCUGUGAAUGGGUUGAUUUAGGACAGAAAGAGGUGGUGAGUGAGCUAGCAGGCAAAAUGAUGACCAACUUUGUAGCUCUUCCCAAUUGGUGCAGGUUCUAGCAGAUGAUCUCCUGGAAACUAGGCUUAGCUCGAAUCAGUUGCAUCCAAGCUUUAUGUAUUGUUAAGGUUAGAUCAUCUAUCCUAAUUCGCUUAAACUUGUUAUAUUAGUUGUGAGCAUACUUGGUUUACUUUUUUCCGAAGGAUCUUCACUUCGUUGGUUCAUUAAGAGAGCUAGUCUAACCGAACUCUGUAAGGGGACCUUACAAAGUACAGACUGCCGAAGCUUGACAAGUUUGGUUAGUGAGAAAUUUUGCAAAACUACGGGCGUGUUCGGUAGCUCUCCACACCCUCAAAAUCCUCAACUCCAUAGCCCAAAACCAGCAGCCAGCUUCUCAGUUAAAAUCCCGGAGUUACAAAUCGCCCGGUAGAGUAGCUCCUCGUUCUGGUCGUUGAAACAGGCCGCCAGCCACCUAGCUAUGAGAAAUAGCAGCUCGGGAGGGCCCAACUAGGCGUGACAGCCCAUCUAGGCGUGGGAAGCCUGCUCUGGCGAACAAACGAACCGGUAACUGCCUUGGCGGUGGCACAUACUUGUAAUAUUUGCUACAAAUGAACGAAGCGGUAACUCACUUGGUGGUGGCAAUUCUUGGCAACUCCUGCUUCGCUGUUUUGGAGGAGCUCGAGUUUGCUAGCUCCGCGACUCCGCGAAAAUUGCACUGCAAGUUUCGCCAGCUUCUCUCGCUCAUAACUAGGAUUUGGAUCGUUCGGCUGCACUCCUCACAUGGAGUUGAGGAGUUGAGAAGCGGGAGGACUCCCGGACACGCCCUAAACUUCCAUGUUCUUCAUGAUGGUGCCUGUGACAUUGAUGAUGAUGCUCUAUUUGAAUUAUAGCUCUGUGAACGGAUUAAUUUAGAAUAAAAAGAGGUGACAAAUGAGCUAGCGGGCAAAGUGAUGACCAAUUAUGUAGGCUAUGCUUGUCUCACUCAAUUCCAUUUUGUUGGAUGUAAUUUGUCUUUUUGCGGGGUGUUGGAUGUAAUUUGAAUGUAGUGUUGUUCAAUUAUUCCUGUUGAACUAGAGUUUUCUAUUUAUGGUGUUUAGCUUUCUCUGCACAUUAAUUAAACAGAAAAAUAUCACCUUCAUAUCUCAGGCAAGGACUCCUCUGUUUGAAUGACAACAUCAACACCUUUAGUCCAAUUCAAUGUGGCAAAAUUUUAGUGACCAUUUUUUGCUCCUUUGUCAUCGAUAUGUUAAGAACCUAUAUGUAGGGAAGCUUGCUGUAUCAGUAGACUGGGAUGAGUGGGUGGCAGUAUCUGUCUAAGGUUUCAGAAACAUACACUUUAUAACAUUACAAGAAAAGUUACCCUAAAUGUUCUAAUUUUGAGGGAAUGUUCUGAUCUUAACGAGGAUAUUCUUCACGGCCACUCUUUUAAUUACCCAGCCAAUAUGAAAGUUAAUAUAACACUGUCCUGGAGAACGCCACUACAUAAUUUGGAAUGAGAAUGAUAGAGGGCAGGCCUGGCGUAGUUGUGAAGUCCUCCCCACUUGUGCCAAGAGGUCCUGGAUUUGAACCAGCCUCUUUGCAUUGCACGUUGCAGGGGUAAGACUAGGUUCCUAUAAUCCCUCCCCAUACCCCACCUUGUGUGGGAGCUUCUAUGCACUGUUUUUUUAGAAUGAGUGUAUCUUAUGAUUCCAUCAUACCAUUUUCAGCUAUUUAUUAUUUGGUAAUUUCCGUUGAGAUGUCAGUAACUAUUAUGCAAAAAUGAUUUCUAAUGCUGUACAAGAUAACAUGAUUUGGUAUCCGUAGCAACAGCUCUUAGAUAUUGAAAAAUGGAUUGUUUUUUUGGCUAAACUGUUCUGUUCCUCAGUAGUUCUAAUAUCUAUUUUUUGUCUGGUGCUGGCCGAUCAAUUUCACGCGGGUGUUACUGUAAAAAAAUUCCUGCACUGAUUCAAGUUAGAGAUAACUCUUUUUGAUAUUGCACACGAUAUAUCAAAUUCAUUCAUACUGUUAUAGUGUUAUAUGUUCACAUGUAUCAAGUACAGAUCAUGCACAGAACUUGAAGUCCCAGCAAUUUAAUUUCAUCCUGACAUGUUUUUCAUGAUUUGGAUCAGUAUUAGUAGAUCUUGUCUUCAGCUAUUGCCUAUUGCUGCUCAUGCUAAUUAACUUAUUCUCCUCCAACACUUGGAUUUGGUAUGUACUUUUCUAAACUAUAUUCAAGAGAUAUGCAUUGGGUUCAUUUUCUUUUUUGUCAACAACAGAAUAGACAGGAAUUCUCACACAAUCAACAUCCUUUGACACAUUUUUCUGCUUUAAAACCUAUAAGACUGCUGUUGAUUGCUUUGGUGUUAACAGCCUCUUCUCAUUUCGUUAUAGUCCGUUGCUUAAAUGUGUCUUUUGGAGAUAAAUGGUACUCCCUCCGUUCCAAAAUAGAUGACCCAACUUUGUACUAACUUUGUACUAAAGUUAGUACAAAGUUGGAUUGUUGGCUUUACAAAAUUAAGGGGUGUAAUUUGCCAGUGUUGUUGUUUGCAUCCAGUAAAAAAAACAUGGAGACAGUAUCUUCUCAAUUCUACAUUUAGCAUUUAAAUCUCCAUUUAAACGGAAGAAAGCUAGGCUUGGCUUGAAUCAGUUUGCAUCCAAGCUUUAAAUAUUGUCAAGGGGUAGUCCCAUCUUUCCUAAUUCGCUUCAACUUGUUUUCUUCAUUGUGAGCAUAGUUGGUUUAAUAUUUUUUCCCGGAGGGUCUUUAUAUUAAGAGAGCUAAUCUAACAGAAUUCUGUGAAGUGACCUUAUCAAAUACAAAUCACUAAAGCUUGACAAGUUUGGGUAGCAAGAGAUUCACAAUAUAAUCUUCCAUGUUUUGCAGGCGUGCCUGACAUGGUACUUGUCUAGCAUGUCAUUUUUGAAGCGGAUGCAUUUCUGGCGUUUUACUUAUUUUGCCAAUCUGUGCAUAUCUUUUACUGAAGGAGGCUACAUUGUGUCAGUGGAUCAACAUGAACCCAUCCAUGUCAUUGUUAUCACCAAGAUGUCAGCAGCAAUGAUCUCCAACAACGAGGCUUGCCUGGCACCGUACUUGUCUAGCGGGUCAUUACCGAAGCGGGUGCAACCUUAGUGCUCUACUCAUCUUGCCAAGUUGUGCGCAUGAUUUCACUUGACAAUGCAUUUUCAAUGGAUCAACAGGACCAUCAUUGCACCGACUUCGACUGUGGCAAUGCUGAUUGCCAGCAGUGAGGUCUACCAUCUGUAGCGACAUGUUGGUUUUUCAACUUGUGCAGUUGUAAGAUUUGUGAGGUGUAUGCUAAGGACGACAUUUCCAUGACUGAUAUUUUUAGGACGUCGAUAACUGCCACACGUGUGGCAGAAAAAGAGAUGCACCACACGUCUCUAAUGUAAAUAGAUUGCUACAUCAUUGCAUGCAUGCAAGAAUCUUUUCGGAUUAUUAGUUUUUUAAAUGUUUUAUCUCUUAAAUGAAAAAUCCGAUUGAAGAUCUAUUUUCACCAUUAAA